AGUUUAGAUAAUGCCUUCAAAAGCGAUCCAUCAUUCGUUGAAAAUCGGUAAUCGACGAGCAAAUUAUGACUUUUUCACAAAAACUCUGCAGAUGAAGGUGCUGCGACAUGAAGAAAUAGACUCAGGCUGCAAAAUUGAAUGUAAUGGACCUUACGAUAACCCAUGGAGCAAAACUAUAGUGGGAUAUGGAUCUGAAGCUGAUCAGUUCGUGCUAGAGUUGACUUAUAACUAUGAUGUCGAUUCCUACACAGUUCGCGAUGAGCUCGAAGGAAUUUAUAUCCAGUCUGAUGAACUGAUGAAAUCUUUGGAAGGUAAAGCAGGAGCAACAAAGUUACCCAAUGGAGGUAUACAGAUAAGGAGCCCCGAUGGUUACCCAUUCUACAUAUGCCCCGGACAAGGACCUAAAAUUAAAGAUAGCGUAUCUUUACACUAUGUAUUCAAAAUUGGAGAUAGGAAGGCCUCUUACGAUUUUUUCACAAAAGUUUUGCAGAUGAAGGUACGUUACCAUGCGGAAAGUUGCAGGUGUGGAUCAAUUGGGAAGGACGCAAAGUUCUCAAGAAGAAUUGAGUUUUUUUUAAAAGCGUGGUUAUGGGGAGGUGGUUAUGGUCGGAUAGCGUUCUCUUAUCCCGAUGAUAAGCUUUCUGAAUUGCAAUCAAAAAUCAAGGCGGCUAAUCUCCCCAUAUUGAAAGAACUCGUAACUCUAGAAACACCUGGUAAAGCUAGUGUGCAAGUGGUUAUACUUCUCGAUCCAGAUAAUCAUGAAAUAUGUUUUGUCGGUGAUAAAGGAUUCCGCGAGCUCAGCAAAGUUGAUCCAAAAGCCGACGAGCAUAUUCGCAAAGAGAUUGAGCAGGAUAACAGCGCCAGCUGCUUAUUUACAUGA